AUGGUGUUCAACACCCUCUCGGUGGGCGCCGCCGUCACGCCGUCCGUUAUUGAGACCUACUUCUCCCACUACCUCAACCGCGCGCCUCUGCGCCAGAAGCCGACGGCUCAUAUAUCCUACCAUGAGGGCUUACGAUUGAUCCGGCAGUUCUUGGAUUACUCUUCGAAGCAUAGCAUUGAGGACUUGCAGAGCUUUACAGCACAAUGGGUUCCUGCGCCCCAUUGGGUCCGCAUCAACGACGCCGAAGUCGCGCCCAAAUUCCUCGAACGCGCCGCCCGCCUCAUUCACGCUCAACUCGGCACUCGCGGCCUCGCAAAGAUUGGUGGGAAGACGUGGUGGCAAUGGCGCAGACCAGACGCGCCCCUGCGCGCCGAAUGGAUCGAGAUGAAGAAAGAGUACCAUGAACGCAAACGAACAGGCGACAAAUGCGAGCGCGUGAUUCUGUACGUGCAUGGCGGCGCAUAUUACUUCGGCUCUGUGGACGAACACCGAUACCAGAUGCAGCGGCAUGCGCGGAAGUUGAGAGCGAGGGUCCUGGCGCCGCGGUAUAGACUUGCGCCGCAGUUUCCGUUUCCUUGUGGGCUGUAUGAUUGUCUGGCGACUUACUUUUACCUCCUGGAGCACUUUGAGCCGAAUCAGAUUUUGUUUGCUGGGGAUUCGGCGGGUGGCGGGAUGGUGUUGGCGAUGUUGGUGGCGUUGCGAGAUCAAGGGCAACCUUUACCGGCCGGGACGAUUCUUCUGUCGCCGUGGUGCGAUUUGACGCAUUCAUUUCCUUCGGUGGCUGGAGAUGGGACUGGUGAUUACAUCCCACCGCAUGGGUUCCAUCACAAGCCGUCGAUGGCGUGGCCGCCUCCCCCGAGUGAUGGAGUACAGAGACCAGAGACCGGCUACGGGCAGCAGAACGAUGCGGUGGAGCUGCCUGCUACCGCGGGCAUGGACAUGAAGAAGACCCGAAGCAAGAAGCGGUCAGUUGACGAUGAGGGCGACGAGGAUCUCAGCGCUCUACCGUCGCAAGGCAAGAGGAAGCAGGAAUCCAUGACAGCACUUCCCAUGCCGCAGUUCGGCCACCCUCUGAGCAUCGUCGUGGACGGCCAAACGAUCGAUCUGAGGGAUCAGAUACAGAUGUACACCACCAACGAGCUACUCUCGCAUCCCCUGGUCUCGCCGGUCAUGCAGCCUUCGCUUGGCGGUCUCCCUCCCAUGCUCAUCCAGGUCGGCGGUGGAGAGCUUCUUCGAGACGAGCAGAUCUACGUCGCCCACAAAGCUGCGAACCCGAAGGCCUACCCGCCAAGCGAGAUGAUCAUGAAGGAAUUCGACCCAUCACGGACCACGCUGGAGAGAUAUCCACCUACUAAUGUCCAGCUGCAGGUCUGGGACGAUCUAUGCCAUGUUCCGCACACGCUGAGCUUCACGAGACCGGCGAAAUACAUGUACCGCUCUGUGGCGCAGUUUGGUGCUUGGGCACUGGCGCACGCACAGCAGAAGGGUAUAGAUAUCCCGAAUGACGAUGCUGUCUCGUUCAUCAGCUCUGAGGGUGAGGAUGAAGACGACUCGAAGUCGACCGUGGAGUCGGUGCGCAAGGAGCGUAAACCCAAGGCUUCCGCCACCGAGAAGGAAGACGAUGCCGCUGGAGCGGUUGGGAAGGCUGGCGACCCGCUACCCUCGUUUAAAGAUAAUAUGAUUCGGCAACGCGUCACCCGCCAUGGCAACAUCUUCCCGCUUGCGCCUGAAUCAGAGAUGGCAUGUCUUGCUCUGGAUCCUGCAGCCAUCGGCGUCAUCAAACCUGGACCGGUGCGGAAGUGGCUGGCGGUGAAGGCGACUAACGACACGCGCUUUGCCAACGACCGAAAGAAGAUCAUGAAGCGGAGAGAGAAAGAAAUCUCAGCUGGCUAUGACGCGAUACCAGGCGAGAACCCGCCACCUACCGCCAUCGUCAACAGAAGGCGAAAGGGUGUCGCGCCCGAGGAGAAGAAGCGCGGCAAAUCAUGGGGUCUGGCCAUGUGGAGCGGCUGGGGCAGCAGUCACGACGAGCACACGUUGCAGCGGGAGCAGAAGACCGUAGAGAGGAAAAUGAGCAUGAGCACCACGGGACCUGACAGCGAAAGCAAGUCAGCCUCAAGACCGGAUCUCUUGACCGUGCCGAAGGCGAAACACGGCAGGGAGAGGAAGCGGAGGAACAGCAGUGUCAGCAUGCUUACCACACAGAUGCCUUGGGCGGCGCGGGAUCGAGAUAGGCCUAUGAGUCCUUACUCGCGGGUGAAUGACACUGGACAGGCGGAUGAUGUUUCCUACAGCAGUCCAGCGCUCUCACACGUUAUCCCUCGGCCUUCGACAAGCAGUGCCGUUCCAUCCUCGCGACGGAUCAGCUCAGCUGCAGACUCACCUAUCCCAUAUGAAGGCAGCAGAGCCAGCAGAGCGCCGGAGGUUAUGGUGCCGACGAUGAGCACCGUACAUCCAGAUAGCGAGAAGAUUCCCGGUUCGGAGAAUACGUUUCUGGCACCUACGAGCAGUCGACCGCAUGAUGGGGUCAGAGCCUAUCCGUUCAAGCUGGAGAGCAGUAGGAGCAAUCCUAGCGUUGCUACGCUGGAUAGUCGGGAGCCGACGGGUACGAGCACGCCGCAUAGUGAGCUUGUUGGGGAUGCGCCGAAGACGAGCGAGUUGUCUGGGGAAAGGAGGAGUGUGCAGGAUCUCAGGAGUGUGAGUGCCGUGGGGGCCGAUGAUGAGCCUGAAGCUGUUGAGGCGCGCGAAACCACCACUGCGCCAGAAGAGAGGGUGGAGGAGCCAAGAGAUGUUGUCAGCCCAGUUGAAGAAGGCAAAGAGGUGCGGGAUGAAGGUGCUGUCAGUCCGGUCGACUCAUCCACCAAGCCGAAGCCGUUCAAGAUUCGCAACACGAUCUUUGACCCGCGAGUGUCGAUGCUCGGCAGUAUUGGUGCUGAUGGGAUGCCGAAUGCACACCACGACUUUCCUACGCGGAGCACUGAUAUGCUCGUUGAUCCUGCAGCGACUGAGGAGAAGUCGGAAGCUGAUACAGCAAGCACGACGCUGAGAGGCGACUCAUUGGACACGCAGAGAGUGCCCUUCAAAGUCCGCAACCCUGUCUUCGAUGCUAGAGCUCCUGCACCAAGCAUACAGCCUUCAGAAAACACGCCGCCAGCAGAAACGUCUAAACCUGCGGAAACCACCAAAUCGGCUCCCUUCAAGCUUCGCCAUACCCUGGAUCCUGCGACCAUCGCCUCUACUUCGCCAGCCGAGGAGCCUGCUGUCCCUACACCUCCUCCACAGCAGCAACCGCGACCUUCCCGCUUUAGCGUCGCCGACAGUGCACCUGAAGUCGUCCGCUCUAGUGCCAGCUCCACGGGCACGGACAUGCCGCCGCCAGCUUACGAAAGCAUGCCCAUGAACAACGUUGUCAUGCCCGAGACUGUCAGCAACACGCGCUCAGUGGUCCGGGAAAAGGACAAAGACAACAAGAGCUACGACGAUGAUCGGCCGCCCACGCCGCCGCCGAAGGAUGACAAGCCGAUGUUUCUGAAGAACAGCGGAAGAAAGGCGAGCUCGAAGGACAGAGGUGGCAGGCCGCCCGUAAUCGGCGGGCUUAGCUUCGAGAGCCAGAAAAGGAGGAAUGGUUCGAGAGAAAGGCCGCAACUGGAGAGUUUUGUCACUGCGAGGGAUGGGAGGAAUGUGAGGGGAUCGUGA